GGCCCACAGUAGAACUCACCAUCCUUGCUACAGCGCCAGCUUCGACUUCAUGGACAUGAUACGAAAUUCUCUGUCCUAUACGCAGCUGCCGCAAAGUGAUGGUGAUGUCAUGGAAGAAUUCCGAAGAAAUGGAAGAGAGGUUCCUAUUGAUGAUUCACCUAUGCAGUGGGAGUCUAAUUUUAAUCUGUUGUAUGCACGUAGUAGACACAUUGAAACACACUAUUGUUUGCAGAAAGAUUGUUCGCCAAGCAUAUAUGCAAAGAAAGGCAUAUGGUGUGCAUUUUGUAGGAAUAAUGGUGAAUCUGAUAAGAUUUUUAGAAGCCAUCAGCUGAAAGAUAACUAUGGUAAAACAGUCUGUCCCAUUCUUCAAAAGUAUGUAUGUCCACUUUGUAAAGCAACCGGUCCAGAGGCUCAUACAGUAAAGUACUGUCCAAAAAACCCCAAUCCUCUUCCUGUGGCACUCAUGAAUGUCUUGAAAGCACAAAGGUCAGAAACAAGCAAAGCUCGUGUAAAGAGAAAUAGAUACUAGUCACUGGAUGCCUGCUGUAUUGUUUUAUUUUUUACAUGUACUGUCCGUGUUUAAACACCAGUACAUGGAUUAUUUUUAGAUUUGUUACUGAUAAGAUAUUUAUUAAAAUAUCAAGAUUGUUAGCCUGAAGUAAAAUGUUUAAUUUUGUUUUUAAUUUAAUAAGUGUGCUGUACUUGUUGAUUUGUGCAUUGAAGUAGCCAUGCAAAUAUAUUAAAAAGUGUCCUUGAAUAUUGGAAACUACAUGACAAAAUGAUACUUUUGUUAACUUUAGGUAAACAUUAUUAUUUAAUGACAACAUGAAGUGCUUUAUAGUGAUCACUGAAGAAAAUUCUUGUACAAACGUAUUUUAAGUGUUUUUAUGUAGUUAUCCGUUACGAAAUUUAUUAUUUUUAAAUGCUUCAUAUGGAGUGAGAUAACAGGUACAGUAGCUCAUAUCCUAAUAGCAGCCAGUUUCCUAUAAAUUUGACAGUUUUGUAUAGGGCUUUUAUAUUAGUUCACCAGAACUGCUAGUUUUUGUACAUUU